UACUGAAUGUAGAAUAUCCUCCAGACUUUUCAGUACCAACUGUCAUGCCAACCAGGCCGGUAGAAGAGGGCGAUACAGUAAUCCUGUCCUGCAGUGCAGAUGCCAAUCCUAAGCCUACCAACUUCAUCACCUGGGAGAGGGUCGGGUCUCUGGUCUUCUUACCCUCUGUCUAUAGUGAGGGUGCAAGCAACCUUACACUGAGCAGCAUCAGAAAGGAGCAGGCUGGGUCGUACAGAUGUCGAGGCAACAACGGCGUACCACCAGUUGUCCAUUCCAGCUCCGUUGACGUCAUCGUGCACUAUGGAGUAGAGAUUUUAAAUAAGAAUGACACCUCAGUUGGGGCAAACACUGGCUUCAAUGCUACACUUGUAUGUGUAGCCAAGGGUCAUCCCCUCCCCAGGAUGACCUGGCAGGGUCCAGAUGGUGUGGAGAUAACUAAUCAGACCAAUCUGGGAAGGAUAUUUCAGGUCGAUACCAUUAUUGAAGGAGAUGAUGUGUAUGGAUUCAUCAUGAGGAGCAUCGUACAAAUCAUUCAAGUGACUGCAAUGGGAGACUACGGUUCUUAUACAUGCAACAGCGGUAAUGGGAUUGGAAUGGUUGAUACCCUGACCAUUGUUUUGAAUGAUAAAGUCAAACCGUUGCCACCAGAGGAUGUGUCAGUCAACCCAAGUACAGUCACAGAAUCUUCGGUUACAAUUUCCUGGAUAUCUGGCAAUGAUGAAGGGGAAGCUCAGUGGUUUUUCAUCAAUUACCGCGAAGUAGAAACAAUGACAGUGUUCAACCCCGACACCCGCGCCAGAAUAGACAAUGAUGUCUUUCAGUAUGUGAUUGAAGGACUUCGUCCUUACACUUUGUAUGAAAUCGAGGUUUUCGCCGAGAAUCAAAAUGGCUUUAGUGACAGCGUCAAACGGAGUUUUAGGACUCGACCUGACACUCCUGAGAAUUUAGGUAUUGUUGUCACCACAAAUCAAGAAACAGGAAGCGUAUCAGUUGACGGUAUUCCCCAAGAUGGCGACAUAUCAACAUGUUUACAGUUAGAAGCUCGUCUUACGGAUCAGAGUCCAUGGUUUAAUUAUGGGGGCUGUCUCGAGACAAACACAGAUCUAGCCAUUCAAGAGGUUCGAUCCAGCUACUGUCGGAAAGGCCUCUGCAGUAUCGCCACGUCUGCAGUGUCAGGUGGAAGACAGUCUAAUAAUGCUGGAUUGAUUGCUGGUCUGGUGAUUCUUGCCAUCAUUGCAUUAAUCAGCAUCACGUUGAAUGUUGUAACAAUCAGAGAUAUCAGAAGAAACAGAGGAUCACAAGGAGAAAACAGACAACCGAAGGAGUAUCGAAAACCCACGCCAGAGGGAAAACGUGCUGUCAUUAAUGAGGCAGUGGAAUACCAAGAUUUGGACGUACCCCUGCAAAUAUUGUCCAUUAAGAGCAGCAGUGAUCCAGGUAAAUCGGCCUACGCCAGUAUUUCCGAAACUGCCUCGGCAUUCUCGCGAGACAAGCUGACAAUUGUACGUGAACUUGGACAAGGUGCCUUUGGAAAGGUGUUGCUGGGUAAAGCUACUGGUAUUGUCCAGUUGGGAACUGCCACUCAAGUAGCACUUAAAACCCUCAGAGAUGGCGCAGAUCUAAUGGAGAGGGGAGAUUUGCUACGAGAGUUGGACUUCAUGAAACAACUUCCAAGCCACGCGAAUGUCGUCAAGCUUCUUGGCUUUUGUGUUGAUAAAGAUCCCAUUUAUAUCAUCAUGGAGUACAUGUCGAAAGGCCCACUCAAAGAUGUCUUAACAAGCAGUCGAGGAAAAGGCAAGCAGGUGUAUAGCAACCUUCAUGGAAGGAGUAAAACUCUGACAUCCAGAGACCUCCUCAAGUUUGCUAAGGACGUGGCUCAGGGUAUGGCCUUCCUUGCUUCACAGCAGUGCAUUCACAGAGAUUUAGCUGCUCGUAAUGUUCUUGUUGGUGAGAACAUGGUGUGUAAGGUGUCUGAUUUCGGACUUGCUCGUGACAUCAAGAAUAAGAGAAUGUACCAAAGACAGUCGGAGGGAUGGUUGCCUAUUCGUUGGAUGGCUCUGGAAUCAGUUGUUGAUGACGUCUACACAACGGAGAGUGACGUAUGGUCCUACGGUAUACUUUUGUGGGAAAUCGUAACACUUGGCGCUCGUCCGUAUCCUACUCUGAAUGCAAAGACAAUGAUAACCAAGCUACAGGAAGGAUAUCGUAUGCCAAGACCCGACCACUGCCAAGACAAAAUAUAUCAGAUGAUGUUAGCCUGUUGGCAGGAGGAAUCUACCGCACGACCGUCUUUCACAGAGAUCGGUCAGAAGCUGGAGAAAGCACUCGAGUCACCACAUGAGUAUAUAACGUUGUCGGAUUAUCAAGAGUUUCAAUACGAAGUCACAAUUCUAAACUCUCCCGAUGAAAGGAUCUAGCAGAAAUAAAUGAUACAAUGUAUACAUCUCACAUCAAAAGCCACGGCUAUGAGGGCGAACGUAUCUUCUAAUUUUCAGUUUAACUAAAAUUGAACGUUUUGGCAAAAGAAGAUCGAUACAGUUGAAAAAGGAGUUCUCCAUCUUCUUCUUGUUAACAGUUACAGCCUUAGCCAUUGAAAGAACUCUUGUACUUAAGUUACUUCUCAACUUUCCAGUAUUUUGGCCUCAGUAUAUCUCAUGGUCAUGUUCCAGUAUUAACCACAAAUGAGGUCAUUUCCUCUCGAGGAAAGCCUUACAGAUCGGUCGUUAAAGUUUUGUAAUUAUGUAUAGUAAUAUGUAAAACUUGGCUUAGCUUUCUGGAAAUAUGGUUUAAAUUUAAGAGGAAAGAACACGUGAAAGAGCUAAACAAUGUGGUUAAUUUCGAGGAAAGAAAAGUAAUCUUUUCAGAACAAUUAUUGAAAUUUUAACAAAAAUACAAAAAUGACAUAAAUACUUUACAAAGCCUUUGACCUGGUUAGAGUACAUCAAUUUAAGAAAUAUGUAGAGUAGGUAUUAUGUGUGUGUUUUCUUUUGUGGGUUUGAAUUAUAGGUAUUUUAUUGAGGAACAAAGUGCCGAAAUACGGUGCCUUGUGGAGACGCAAAAGAAUGGGUUGAAUAGGUCUCCACACAGAUUUCGCGAAACUGAUAUUUGGAAAUAGCUCAAAAAGGAGAAACUUUUAAUGUGUAACAAUCUGUUGCAAUUGGAAGUAUAAGGGACAUUCGGUCCAAAUUUCAGCCCAAGAGAGUGAUUCAUUUUGGAAUGGGAGCAUUUUGAAUAGGUGGUUUCACACGCAACCGAAUUAGUACUGGAGAACAAAGCUAUGUCUCCGCAAGGAUACUAAAUUUGGAAUGUGUGGUCUCUCAUAUAAGGAGAUCAAAAAUCUUAAUGAUUGUUAUUAAAUUGAAGAAAGUAUUACGGAAAGAAA